CUGAAUUUAUGAUUGGCCUCCGGUUUUUAAUCCCGCAUGAGGGGGUGGAGCCCCCGGUGAGAGGAGAGUGAAAAGCUCUUUAACCAGAGACUUUGAGCAGAGCAGCUUCUCUACAGCUCUUUUACUUCCGACAGAGAGUUACGCAACGAGCGGGAAAGAUGGCGAGCUCUUUCACACGUCUGAUCUCUGGCCGCAACAAGGCUGUGCUGUUGGCCAGCUUGGGCGCGGGAACGAUGGCGACCGGCUUCUUGUUGAGCGACAGCUCCCUGGCUGCUGAGACCAGGAAGAAGCUUUAUCCCCCCAGCUCUGACUUCCCUGACCUGAGGAAACACAACAACUGCAUGGCCGCGGCUCUGACUCCGGCCAUUUACGCCAAACUGAGAGACAAGGUGACCCCCAACAACUGGACCCUGGACCAGUGCAUCCAAACCGGAGUCGACAACCCCGGACACCCCUUCAUCAAGACAGUGGGCUGCGUGGCUGGCGACGAGGAGAGCUACGAGGUGUUUGGCGAGCUCUUUGACCCCGUCAUCAAAGACAGGCACAACGGCUACGACCCCAGAACCAUGACACACCCCACUGACCUGGAUUCCUCCAAGCUGAGCCACGCCAUGUUCGAUGAGCAUUACGUUCUUUCCUCCCGUGUCCGAACCGGCCGCAGUAUCCGCGGGCUGAGCCUCCCCCCGGCCUGUUCGAGGGCCGAGCGCCGCGAGGUGGAGCGGGUGGUGGUGACGGCCCUGGCCGGCCUGAAGGGAGACCUGGCUGGACAUUACUACAGCCUGGGAGACAUGACGGACAAGGAGCAGCAGCAGCUCAUUGAUGACCACUUCUUGUUUGACAAGCCUGUCUCUCCGUUGUUGACAUGUGCCUUUAUGGCCCGAGACUGGCCAGACGCCAGGGGCAUCUGGCACAACAACGAGAAGACCUUCCUGAUCUGGGUGAACGAGGAGGACCACACCAGAGUCAUCUCCAUGGAGAAGGGAGGCAACAUGAAGAGGGUGUUUGAGAGGUUCUGCAGAGGACUCAAGCAGGUGGAGCAUCUGAUCCAGGAGAGAGGCUGGGAGUUCAUGUGGAACGAGCGUCUGGGCUACGUCCUCACAUGUCCCUCCAACUUGGGCACCGGCCUCAGGGCGGGUGUGCAUGUACGCCUGCCAAAGCUCAGCAAGGACUCACGAUUCUCCAAGAUCCUGGACAACCUGCGGCUGCAGAAGAGAGGCACAGGAGGAGUGGACACCGCCGCCACCGGAGACACCUUCGACAUUUCCAACAACGACCGUCUGGGCAAGUCUGAGGUGGAGCUGGUGCAGCUGCUGGUCGACGGAGUCAACUACCUGAUUGAGUGUGAGAAGAGGCUGGAGAAGGGCCAGGACAUCAAAGUCCCGGCUCCCAUCACUCAGUUCAGGAAGUAAAGAGCUGGACUCAUGAUGCCGUCAGCGUUGGCAGGAGGUCAGCUCUCUGCUCGCUCGCUCCCUCCCAAACCGAGCCCCCGGAGAAAACCUCAGAACGACGUCGGUCCGCCGCCACAGAGGAGGCUGCUUCUUCACACCUCCCUCACUAAGAUUUCAAAUCUUUAGUGUAGCCUAAACUUAGACAUGGUCUGCUGUUAGGGGAAAAUUCUACCUCAAGUUAAGGUCUUCGCUGUAACCCUGACUCCAAUAAAGCCGACAGUAUUGAACAGUU